UGUGUGGCGUUGAACUGGAGGCCAUAGGAUUUUCUUAAGCUGUUUUACGGUUUGUGGAAAGAGUAGGGCAGAUAGGCUCAAACUGGGAAGGCCUAACCAAAGUAUCUUGAAUUAUAAUAGUAGGGUGUUUCUGAGUACAUGUGACUCACUGAGGUUACUUUGUAUUCUUGCCUUAACAGGAUUGUAUUUCAGUUCUUCCCGCGUAGUUAUGUGUGCAGGGGCGUGGGGGACAGGCCUAGUAAUCUAGUGUCCAUAGAACCUGACAGACCUAGGUGACAUUGGACAAUUUACCUAACCACUCCAGCGCUCGAUUUUGUGAUACGUGAAUUUGAGAUUCUUUGUACCUGCGUCACAGAGUUGUCUUGAAGGUUUAAUAAGGGAAUGUGGAGUUUCUGUUGUGGACAGUGCUUGUGCUCCGGAGUUUGCAGAGCUCUUUCCUAUACGUAGGUGAUGUGGCCGCACAGGCCACGUUCCUAUUUAUUUUUCAGUGGUUCUGUGGUCAGUGGUUCCUGUGGUUCUUUGGUUAUGGGCAGAAGUGCUUCCAAAUAAGCUUUUAUUUUAUCCUCACGAUAAUCUUUUAAGUUACAUAGAACACGUACUACCACCAUUCGGUUGAGGUGUCUCAACUCAUGGGAUUAAGUUGGAUGAAGUCCAGUGUUAGGGGAAUGAUCUUCACUGGUUAGCAUGUGCCUUAUAUGUGGCUUGCAGAAAAUCUGUGCCGACUGUAAGCAAAGGGACUGUUGAAGGAAACUAUGUAUCUUUAACUAGAAUCCUGCGAUGUUCCGAACAGAGCUUACUUGAAUUUUUUCACAAGAUGAAGAAGUGGGAAGACAUGGCAAACCUCCCUCCACAUUUCAGAGAACGUACUGAGAGACUAGAAAGAAACUUCACUGUGUCGGCAGUAAUUUUUAAGAAAUAUGAACCCAUUUUUCAGGACAUUUUUAAAUAUCCUCAAGAGGAGCAGCCUCGUCAACAGAGAGGAAGAAAACAGCGGCGACAGCCCUGUACCGUGUCCGAAGUUUUCCAUUUUUGUUGGGUGCUUUUUAUAUAUGCAAAAGGUAAUUUCCCCAUGAUUAGUGAUGAUUUGGUCAAUUCUUACCAUCUUCUGCUGUGUGCUUUGGACUUGGUUUAUGGAAAUGCGCUUCAAUGUUCCAACCGUAAAGAACUUGUAAACCCUAAUUUUAAAGGCCUGUCAGAGGAUUUUCAUGCUAAGGAUUCUAAACCUUCCUCGGACCCGCCUUGUGUCAUUGAGAAACUCUGUUCCUUACAUGAUGGCCUCGUUUUGGAAGCAAAGGGAAUAAAGGAACAUUUCUGGAAACCCUAUAUUAGGAAACUUUAUGAAAAAAAGCUCCUUAAGGGAAAAGAAGAAAAUCUUACAGGGUUUUUAGAACCUGGGAACUUUGCAGAGAGUUUUAAAGCCAUCAAUAAGGCCUAUGAGGAGUAUGUUUUAUCUGUUGGGAAUUUAGAUGAAAGGAUAUUUCUUGGAGAGGAUGCUGAAGAGGAAAUUGGGACUCUGUCACGGUGUCUGAACACUGGUUCGGGAGCAGAGGCUGCUGACCGGGUGCAGAUGAAAGCCAUCCUCCAGCAGCAUUUCGACAAGUCUAAAGCACUUAGGAUCUCCACACCACUGACUGGUGUGAGGUACGUUAAGGAUAACAGCCCUUGUGUGACCCCAGUUUCUACAGCAACACACAGCUUGAGUCGUCUUCACACCAUGCUCACAGGCCUCAAGAAUGCUCCAAGUGAGAAAUUGGAACAGAUUCUAAGGACAUGUUCCAGGGAUCCAACACAGGCUAUUGCCAACAGAUUGAAAGAAAUGUAUGAAAUAUAUUCUCAGCAUUCCCAGCCAGAUGAGGAUUUCAGUAAUUCAACUAAAGAAAUUGCCAGCAAACAUUUUCGUUUUGCAGAAAUGCUCUACUAUAAAGUAUUAGAAUCAGUUAUUGAGCAGGAACAGAAAAGACUGGGAGACAUGGAUUUAUCUGGCAUUCUGGAACAAGAUGCAUUCCAUAGAUCACUUUUGGCCUGCUGCCUUGAGGUCGUCACUUUUUCUUAUAAGCCUCCUGGGAAUUUUCCAUUUAUUACUGAAAUAUUUGAUGUGCCACUUUAUCAUUUUUAUAAGGUGAUAGAAGUAUUCAUUAGAGCUGAAGAUGGUCUUUGUAGAGAGGUGGUAAAACACCUUAAUCAGAUUGAAGAACAGAUCUUGGAUCAUUUGGCAUGGAAACCAGAGUCUCCACUCUGGGACAGAAUUCGAGACAAUGAAAACAGGGUUCCGACUUGCGAAGAGGUUAUGCCACCUCAGAACCUGGAAAGAGCAGAUGAUAUUUGUAUCACUGGCUCUCCUUUGACUCCCAGAAGGGUGAGUGAAGUUCGUGCUGAUACUGGAGGACUUGGAAGAAGCAUGACAUCUCCAGCCACAUUAUAUGACAGAUAUAGCUCCCCGACAGCCAGCUCCACCAGAAGGCGGUUAUUUGUCGAGAAUGAUAGCCCCUCUGAUGGAGGGACACCUGGGCGCAUUCCCCCACAGCCCCUAGUCAAUGCUGUCCCUGUGCAGAAUGUAUCAGGGGAGGCUGUUUCUGUCACUCCAGUUCCUGGGCAGACUUUGGUCACCAUGGCAACAGCCACUGUCACAGCCAACAAUGGACAAACAGUGACCAUUCCUGUACAAGGUAUUGCGAAUGAAAAUGGAGGGAUAACAUUCUUCCCAGUCCAGGUCAAUGUUGGAGGGCAGGCCCAAGCUGUGACUGGCUCCAUCCAGCCCCUUAGUGCUCAGGCCCUGACUGGAAGUUUGAGCUCUCCACAGGUGACAGGAACAACUUUGCAAGUCCCUGGUCAGGUGGCCAUUCAGCAGAUCUCCCCAGGUGGACACCAGCAGAAACAAGGCCCACCUUUAACUGGCAACAGUAUUAGGCCCAGGAAGACCAGCUCUUUAUCGCUUUUCUUUAGAAAGGUGUACCACUUGGCAGGUGUCCGCCUUCGGGAUCUUUGUGCUAAACUGGAUAUUUCAGAUGAACUGAGGAAAAAAAUCUGGACCUGUUUUGAGUUCUCCAUAAUUCAGUGUCCUGAGCUUAUGAUGGACAGACAUCUGGACCAGUUGUUAAUGUGUGCUAUUUAUGUGAUGGCAAAGGUCACAAAAGAAGACAAGUCCUUCCAGAACAUUAUGCGUUGUUAUAGGACUCAGCCACAAGCCCGGAGCCAGGUGUAUAGAAGUGUUUUGAUAAAAGGGAAAAGGAAAAGAAGAAAUUCUGGCAGCAGUGACAGCAGAAGCCAUCAGAAUUCUCCAACAGAACUAAACAAAGACAGAACCAGCAGAGACUCCAGUCCCGUCAUGCGGUCCAGCAGCACCUUGCCCGUUCCACAGCCCAGCAGCGCUCCUCCUACACCUACUCGCCUCACAGGCGCCAACAGUGACAUGGAAGAGGAGGAGAGGGGAGACCUCAUUCAGUUCUACAACAAUAUCUACAUAAAGCAAAUUAAAACAUUUGCCAUGAAGUACUCACAAGCAAACGUAAUGGAUGCUCCUCCUCUCUCUCCAUAUCCAUUUGUCAGGACAGGCUCUCCUCGCCGAAUACAGCUAUCUCAAAAUCAUCCUAUCUACAUUUCACCACAUAAAAAUGAAACGAUGCUUUCUCCUCGAGAAAAGAUUUUCUAUUACUUCAGCAACAGUCCUUCAAAGAGACUGAGAGAAAUUAACAGUAUGAUACGGACAGGAGAAACUCCAACCAAAAAGAGAGGGAUACUUUUAGAAGAUGGAAGUGAAUCACCCGCAAAAAGAAUUUGCCCAGAAAAUCACUCUGCCUUAUUACGCCGUCUCCAAGAUGUAGCUAAUGACCGAGGUUCUCACUGAGGUUAGUCUGUUGUAUUGAAAUUACCUUUUCACAAACCCUGUCCAGCAGCACCAUUUAAUGCAUGCUUGAGUAUGGGGCUCUUUUCCUAAUCUUCCAGUAUCCUCUUUGGAUAUUUCUACCCAUCCCAGCUGCCUUUUUCCUACCACUCAGUGCUUGCCAUCAAGACUGCUUAGAAUCCAAAUGUGGAUUUUUUUUUAACUCUUCGGCAAAGCUUUUACAAGAGCUGCAGAGAACAGAGCGUGCUCACCUCUGUGUAAGAGGUCUCUGUGGAUGUGCUCCAGCAGAGGGACUGUAUUUCGGUUCAUUCCCACCUGAUUCAUGGUCAGCUUCUGGCCCUCACGAAAAGCAAAACAAAAACUUAGGUGUUUGUCCCAAAACGCCUGGUAGGAGUGGGAGGUUUUGGCAUUCCUGCAACAGAGGGCAAGAGUCCCGAUCCGGAGGCCCUAGAUUCUUACCCCAGUCUCCUGUUCCCGUGGUGUAACUGUUCCCUCUCCCCUUUAGGUGUGGUGGUGUGGGAAGUGCUGGGUUGUUUGGUGUGCAAUGUGUGAGUGAACUUGUAUAAGAAGUGGCACUUUAGGGCUGUAAAAAGCAUGGUUUUGUAACCCAGAUUUUGCUGUAUAUUUGCGAUGGCACUUUCUAUAAUGUGAACUUUAUUAAGUACAAAGCUUCCAGGCUAAACAUGCAAUAUCAUCUUUGAUGCUUUUGUACUUUUUUUAAACUGUUAAAGCCCCAGUAGCUGCCUUUGGGCAUGUGUUUUUAAUUCUCCAGUGUUUUGUUGUUAAUAGGGAUCAGUUGGCUAAGUAAAGAUUUUAAAUCAAGUUGAAUUUUAAAUCAAGGGAAUAUGAAAAAUUCUGACCUCUUCUUUAAGAGGUAGUUAUCCUGAAAGACACGUGUCUAUUAAGGUGAUAAACUUAAAAGAUCUUUGGGUGUGUUCCUGGCAGUUUAAAAAAUAGGUUGGAGAAUUUAGGUUUUUAUUAGUACAUAGUACCAUUUAUAAAAAUUAGAAAUGUUAUUUAACAGCUGUUGAAUUAUCUCUAUAUACCUUUAUUAAUCACUAUCGUUCCAGCAGUUUUAAAGUUGAAUGAAUAAUCUUAUUAGGGAGAAAAUUCAAUUGUAAAUUGAAUCAGUAUAAACCAAGUUACUGGGUAACUUCAUAUUGCUCUGAAAGAAAUAUGGAACUUACACUGUUCAGUUAGAAUAGUGGUCUGCAAAAAUAUUUAUAAAACCUCUUCAAGAUACUGCUACUGUAAUUUUAUAUGAAAAUAAGUGUAUUUUUCAAUAAAGCAUUUAUAAAUUAA